AGGCGGGCUUUAAACGGUUUUGUUUGUGGGUGGGUGCUCGUAUUGAUUGACAUGCUCAUGGACCAUUAAGGUAACGCGUUAAAGCUGUACCCCUUGACGCAUCUGGAACUUUCUGGAUUUCAACCAAUGAGCAGACACGUCAAAUGCUGCUUUGGCAACGUUGAUGUCAUUCCCACCCGCCAGUUUGCUGCCAGCCAGUGGAGUCAGACUGUAUCGUGCCACAGAGGUAGCUUGUGGCCAAUGCCACAGGCUCGACCUACCGAGAGAAGUGGACUGUCGACCUCGGAAAGAGCUGGCGAGUUGGCCUCAACGGAGCUGUCCUGUCCCAUUGUGGCUGUUGGACUGAAGAGGGAGUGUCUGGCAGUAAAAGUUGGAAUGUCAGAGUUAAAUAAAGAGGUGGUGGAUUUGGUUUGGGGAAGACCCACCAGUGGGGGAGUGUCUGCCUCCAUUUUCCGUAGAUGGACUCAAGGAUUUGUUUUUAGUCAGAAUGAGCACACGGCGCUGGAGCAGUUUGAAGGAGGUCCGUGUGCUGUCAUUGCACCUGUCCAGGCAUUCCUCUUAAAGAAUGUUCUCUUCAGCAGAGAAAGUUCCAACUGGAGACAAAUGUCAGAGGAGGAACAGAAGACUGCACUGUGUUCUACUCUGAGUGAAAUCUUGGAGUCCGCUUGUUCCAGCCCUUCCACAGGGUUCUGCUUGGUGACCUGGGCCAAGGGGCAGAGCCCACAUUCUAGUUCACAUACUAACACACAGACGCAGUCUCAGUCGCAAACCCAGGACACUCCAGAGCCAGAGAGCAGCCAGCCGUCUCAGGAACAGCAACCCACUGUUUUGGCUGCCGAGGACCUUGGCUUUGAACGAUUUCACAGUGUUCUCAAUAAGCGGACUGUGUUGUCAGUGUCGGGUCUCAGAGAGGAGGUGCUGUCUCUCUACCACACCUGGAGGGGGUGCUGUGGAGUUUUGCUUUUCCUCUACUCCGUCAUCCUCACCAAGGGCAUUGAAAAUAUAAGAAAUGAGAUUCAGGACACAAUGGAGCCUCUUAUAGACCCUGUGCAUGGCCAUGGCAGUCAGAGCCUGGUGAACCUCCUUGUAACUGGCCAUGCUGUCUCUAACGUCUGGGAUGGAGACAGGGAGUGCUCUGGCAUGAAACUGCAUGGAAUUCAUAAACAGGCAUCAGUUGGCUUCCUCACGCUUAUGGAAUCACUACGCUACUGCAAGGUCGGGGCAUUCCUCAAGUCUCCAAAGUUCCCUAUUUGGAUCCUUGGCAGUGAAACUCACCUCUCUGUGUUUUUCACCAAGGAAAUGUCCCUGGUAGGUCCAGAGUCUCCCUCAGAACAGGCAAGGAGGGUCUUCCAGUCAUUUGAUCCUGAAGAUAAUGGCUUCAUCCCAGAGUCUCUACUGGAGGACGUGAUGAAAGCCCUUGACCUUGUCUCAGAGCCUGAGUAUGUCAGUCUGGUGAAGACCAAACUGGAUCCAGAGAGCUUAGGUAUUAUUCUUCUGGGCCCGUUUCUGCUGGAAUUUUUCCCUGAUCAGGAUUCAGGAAUCCCAGACUCGUUUCCCGUCUACCACUACAACGGACUUAAACAGUCCAACCACAACGAGAGGGUGGAGUAUGUGGAAGGGACAGCUUUGGUGCUUGGUUUUGAGGACCCCAUGGUUCGAACAGACGACACUCCCGUCAAACGCUGCCUGCAGACCAAGUGGCCCUACAUUGAGCUGCUGUGGACCACCGACCGCUCCCCGUCACUGAACUAGCCCUUACUCAGUCUGUGUGUGUGUGUGUGUGUGUGCGCGCGCAUAUGUGGACACACACGCACACACACACACACACAUAUAUACACAUACACACACAUACACAUACACACCGUGCUUUUCGGUUUCCCUUCUGCACACCGACCCUGGAAGGUCAGCAGAUUACAACGACUGACGUACCUAUACGACACAGACGAAUGAGUAUGAGGACGAAAUGCACACGAGAGACCGAGACAAACACGUUAGUGGACAAGUGGAAAAAGAAAAACACGAGUUCCAUCCUGUCAUUUUCUCUCACACAUUCCACUAAAAUGCAAAAUCACCUUUUAGAUUUCAUGCUGUUGUCUGUUCACCAUGGCUUGUAAUUGACAUGCAGGAUGUUGGUGUGAUUAUUUAAAAAAAAAAAAAAAAAAUGUGAAUGACUGCUUAUUUUUAAAGCUCUGCUC